AGGGAGAUUACUCUAUGGGGCACUUUGAAAUAAGCCGUCGCCGAACACGGAGUGGGGUUAGAACCAGCUGGAAACCAAAUAGUUUGUAGAGGAAAGAUUCCUACAAAGCUUCCCGUUUUCUUCCAGCCUUGGAACCAUGGUAACGUCUACGUCUUUAGAGAUGGCGUUUUGGCUAACAUCCGUUGCAUUCCUAUGGGGUUUCACUAAUCCAUUCAUUAAAAAAGGCAGCAAAGGGAUAGAAUCCAUUAAGCGCUCGUCACCAAUAAGACAGUUUUUAGCAGAGUUGUGCUUCUUGCUUAGUAAUUGGAGGUAUUUGGUGCCUUUCUUGAUCAACCAGAGCGGUUCCGUCCUAUAUUAUAUUACUUUAGCAUCAGCAGAGCUGUCCUUAGCGGUACCAAUUACGAACUCGCUGACUUUCAUCUUUACCGCAUUGUCUGGACAUAUGCUUGGAGAAAAAGUUUCUUCAUAUAAAACAGUUUUUGGGAUAUUAUUGGUGUCACUGGGUGUUAUUUUGUGUGUUUGUGACAAGAUUAGAUGAUCGUUGAACGACCGAUCAUUUAGAUUCAAACCUUUCUGGAUGCCGCAUUUGAAACCCUAGCUUGCUAGACUGCAUUGCACAUAGCUAGGUCUCUGUGUACUUGCAAAACUGCACGAAUAAGAACACUCAACGAUUUAUUUCAUUAGAAGAGACAAUGCGAUUUCUUUUGAAGAGAAACCGGUGAACGUCAAAUUAAAAGCUGCACACGAUUGGAAAUGGGAAAAGAAGGUUUAUAUUACAUUUGAAUUUUCUUUGAAGGGAUAUGUAUGAACGAUUAGUUUUCAUAAAACGCACAUGCUUGAGGCAAUACAUAUUUUUCGUAAUUACGCUCAUGGGAAUUCUGCGUGUGUGUUUUUCAUUUGUAUAUAUAUAUUUGUCAUAUUACGAAGAAAAAAAAGAAUGCAUCUUAGAAUACAUUCAUUAAAUAAAAAAGGUCGGAUUGAAGUUUUACAAUUUAGAGAGGGAUACGUAUGGAUAUUUUCUAAGUUCAGACAUACAAAUUAAGUUUGUGUUCGUUAAUAAUUUAAGACUGUGUUAUGUUUACGAAUCAUUUAUAUAUUAUUAGGCUUUCUUCAUAGUUCUCAAGUGCCGGUCAUGAAUUAUAGAAAUACUCUUUAAACAGGGAUGCUCAGUUUUCAAACGAUUGAUGAUUGAUUUUCACAUGUUGGAUACUGCUAAAGAAUAAAAUUGAUAGGAACGUC